AUGCUUUAUGCAACAGCAAAAUUUUCGCAUGAUCUAACCAUUGAUAUCCCACUGCCAACACUCAAUGAACUCCUGGAAAUCAAAAAGAUGACCAAUUCAUCUCCGCAAACCUCUUUUGUUGACAAUCAAAUCGAUAAAAGCGCGUUUGGGUUAUUUCUACUUGUAUUUGGGAACGAAGUUUAUAAAAAAACAGAAUUUUCUGCAAAAUUGUGGGAUAAAUUUACAGCGGUCGGAAGGGAAACUUGGAGCAAUGUAAAUGAGGCAUAUCGAGAUGCUUUUGAUAAACUUGCUAUUGAACUAAAUUCUCGAGAUGAAUAG